GCAUGCCGGCCUAGCGAAAUAAGAUCCCACAUACCUUGAUCUCGCAGGAAGCCCCCGACCGUAGUAUAGCAUCCUCUUUCCCCUCAGACUUGACACUUUUGGCACUUGGCCAACAUCACCUCCCAAUUAUCAUUAACCACUCACCCCAAGCCUACAAUGUCUCAGACCAAGCGUCAAAAGCGCAGGACGCCUUCACCGGACAGUUCCGGGAGUGAAGAUUCUCUACCAACUCCACCGAGGGGUCUCUCGCCCCCCCCGGGUCCUCACGUGGACUGCGCCGCCUACUGUUGCAAGAGGGGCGAGGACUGGGUUAGCCGGCAGUUCAUUACAGAGACGUACACCAACGGACCUUCUGAAGACCUCUUGGACACGGGGGGUUGCUGGAAACUCUUACGGGUGCAGGUGGGCCUGAUGGGGGAACACCUCCGAAAAUGGGGCCUCAUACCGUGGCAAAACCUGGACCCCGAGGUCCAAAGCCGGUUUAGUAGCUGGUCCCCGGUUGCGAAGGAGCUCUGGGAGUCCGACUUCCUCGCUCAUCCGGAAGCCAUGGUUCAGGCCUGGAUCUGGCACUAUCUCGACGAUUACCUGUUCUCCUUUGCCGGAAACCAACAGGAUGGCGCACUCAAGCUCCGUUCCCCGGUGUGGGAGCACGUCCGGGCCCUACGACGGGACCUCGAUGUGUUACGUGCCCGCCAGGCUAACUUCCACGACGUCGUCUACCGCCACCAGUUCCAAGUCUGGAGUCGCCUGACCGAGCACCUUGUCCGGGGUGGGCUUGAUGACAUGGACGUCUUCGAUCCGGAAGAGCUAGCGACGCACUUUAAACGAUCUCUCCGCCGCAUCGCCGCUCGACGAGAUGAGAUUCCGGACGGCGCCUACGAUGGAGGUCUGUGCAAGAAUGGCGACAUACACGACCCCGCCGACCGCUUCGACUCGUCCAUUAGAAGCUUGCUUCAAUCUGCAUGCCGGGCGCAGUAUUUUAUCCACGGCAUGGAAGGAGGCUAUGCGCUGAGGUUCACCCCCGUCGGUGACCAUGCGGGCAAGAUGUUCGACAUCCCGUUCAACCCAAUCUGGAUGGAGGAGAACAACCCGAUCGAGGUUCCAACCAAGAGGCCAAACGACCCCGUAUACCCGCGUGUUCAACUUGUCACCCAGCCCAUGCUCGCUGCUAACAGCAAGAAGAGCCCCAGCGAAAACACAACAUUCACUCUGCUGACCCCAAUGCGCGUCGUCACGCCUUGGACGUUUGGGGGGGAGGGGGCGCGACCGCAUGUUUUGCCUGGGUUGGAGAAAGGUUGGCACCUGCGGAUGGAGAACCAGCGGAAGUUGUUGCAAAUGAAGUACCGGGAAGAGCAGCAAAAGGAGCAGCAAAAGCUACUCACCAAGUGGAGCAAAGACGGCGAGUCGCAAGCCAAAGACGGCCAUGCCAUCGCCGACUCGAAGGAAGAUACUCCGUGCGAAUGAUUCACAGUGCCCUUGCCGUCUUUCGUUGAUACAACGUACCUACAUAGCCUCCAUAGCAGUAAAAAGAGACCACUGAGCGCCGCCCUUCUUCCUUGUGCACAUCUCUCUGCGACCUCCCAUGAAUCCCAUCCACCGCUCCAGUCGGCGGAUAAUCCGCGCAAUCACGUCGCACAUUCAGCAUGCCAUUCUGUUGCAUCCCCUGUCCUUCUC